AUGCUCGCCCAACGGCUCUCCAAACCUCCCAUCGCCCAGCGACAGUACGAGUAUCGCCCAUGUCUGUCUUGGGCGGACUCAUCCAGGAAAAACAGUACGGGCGACCCUCUAAGAUCGACCUGUAUCAACAAGUAUUUCGGUAUGAUUCUUAAUGGACGCACCAUAGCGGCUAAGCCUAGGCCAAACGGUCUGCUUUCUGCAAAUGUUCCUCUCGUUAGUGCUAAGCCUGCCCUCUUAAAUAUCAGGAAUUCAUGGACUCCGGAGUCCAAAUCAUGCCUAUCUAGAGUUAUUCAUUGUAUGAUAUAUGUCAGUGAUAAUCCUAAUCUUGAAUUUAUUUUCGAUACAAUAGGGUUGGUGUUUCCAAAUCUUUCUGUUGCAUCAACCACGCUCUUAAGCGGGGAUCGCGGUAGAAUUUGGCAUACUGUUCCAUUAUUACCCAGGCAAAGCAAAUCUUAUAUUUGCCCUCGAGCAUCGAAAGAUGUCCCAUACAGUUAUGGCUUCCCCCCAAUGACCGAGAAGCCAAAAUGGUGGUGGAGGACAUUAGCUUGUCUCCCAUAUUUGAUGCCGCUUCACAAGACUUGGAUGUAUGCCGAGACAGCGUAUCAUCUACAUCCAUUCCUCGAAGACUUUGAAUUUCUUACAUACCCAUUUCUCGGUGCCAUCGGGAGGUUGCCGAGCUGGUUCUUGAUGGCAUAUUUUUUUGUUGCAUAUCUUGGAGUUGUAAGAAGAAAGGAAUGGCCUCAUUUCUUUAGAUUUCAUGUGGUGAUGGGGAUGUUGUUGGAGAUUGCUCUUCAAGUGAUUGGAACUGUGAGUCGGUGGAUGCCGCUUGCCAUCUACUGGGGUAAAGUAGGGAUGCAUUUUUGGACAGCCAUUGCGUUUGCUUAUCUCUUCACCGUCUUGGAAAGCAUAAGAUGUGCUCUUGCUGGUAUGUAUGCUGAUGUACCUUUUGCCUAUGAUGCAGCCUACAUCCAAAUCCCUUAUGAUUAAUAUGCAAAUAGUGCAAAGAUUGAGAUUAGUGUUGUCUUUUCAAUUUGUAUUUUGUAUCAGCAGCUUCUUUUUAUCAAAAAUUA